UGCCAGCCAGUGCUCGGAACCAUUCCUGUAUUAGUUUGUAGCCACGACCAACCAUCCACCCACAACAUCAAAUGCCUACAUCCAAGAAAAUGGGCCCUUCCUUACUUGAGCUUCCGGCGGAGCUUCAGCGCAUGAUCAUAUCGCAGCUUGACUACGAGAGUCUCAUUCACCUAUCGGCAACAAAUCGCUUCUUCAACCACACUGUAAAUCCUCAAGCGAUGGCGGAUCCGCUAGACAAGUUGCAGUUCGUCAUGCGUGCGGCCAAAGACUUUCCCCAACAUCGGCCGAGCGAGAAGGGACAAGAAUACCAUCCCGGCAACUUUGAGUGCUACAUUUGCUUCAAAGUACGAUCGCCAGACUGCUUUGAUGCGUUGCAGUCCCAAACGGCCUACAUCGACCGCCUGGGCCGUCCUGUACGGGACCGACAGCCAACCCAGGCAGAUACCCUCGUCUCCUUGCGCCGGUUCUGUAUUGAAUGCGGUGUCCGCGCAGGCCUACAUGUGGCUUCCGACAGUUUGACAACGCGGACGGGCAGAGAUCUAUGGAUAUGUUCGUGUCUUAGGGUGUGGUCGAAGCACCAGGUGCUUCGCUGCCCAAGCUGCGGUGGUGACUGCCCACUCAGGCCUCGCAAGAAGAUGGGCGUCGAUAAGAUCCCCCCACAACCACCAAGAUUCUUAUCUCGCGUUGUCGGCCAGAUGGCGACAUGAUUUCUGGGGUGGUCAUGCGAGAUACCGGCGAUUCUGUAUGGUGGUUGCCUGCGGAAUGCGGAUCGUCCAGGGAAAAGGGAAAAGGGGUUCGGGGCUGGUAUUGG